AUGACCUUCGAAGACCAAUUAAUUGCAAAAGUUCGUGCAAAUGAGAUCCUAUACAAUGUGAAAAAUGUGAACUACAGAAGAAAAAGCGACAAGGAAAGACUCUGGCAACAGAUCGCGUAUGAACUAGAUAGCUCGGUGGAAGUAUGCAAACGAAGGUGGAAGAGUUUGCGGGACAAAUUCAUCAAGCUGAGCCGGGUGGAACAAUCCGCAAGAGGAACAUCGGAUGAGGAGCAACCUAAGAAAUGGCAAUACUUCGACAGCUUGACAUUUCUACAGGGCUAUAACAAAGCCUCACUUUCUACUAACAACUUCCUGGACAAUGUGUAUCUCGGUGAGGAAAGAUAUGUCGACAUCAAGUGUGAACAUCCGCUAACGCGACAGCAGUUUGUGCGCGAUGAUGCCACCGUAACGGUCGCUGUAGAUUGUGGUUCGGGAAUACUGUCGAGCGAACGAUUCGCAACAGCCGAUGCCCGUAAUCUAGCGACGGUGGCACACGAGCUGGCCAACAGUACUGGCAGCGGUAGCAGAAAGCGUCAGCUAGAUUUCAUCGAAUCGGAGUGCAUCAAAAUCAUACGGUCGGCAGCAGAAGCCAUGCAAAUGGAAGCUAAUUCUCACAUUCGCCGUAGUAGCACACAAUUGUUGUUUGAAGCAUUGGCACUGCGAAUUGACGAAGCGAAUCUACCGGCCAGCCGACUGAAUGCCAUCCAAACAGCCGUCACCAAUCUGGUGUAUUCGUCCUUAUGA